UGGUAUGAAAUAUUUUUUUUUAAAUGCAAGGUAAUGAGGUUCUACCCCUCAAUUAUCACCUUCACAACCGGAACCCCAUUCUCAUCCACCCCCUUCCCUGCCAGGGCAAAGGCCCUCUCGCCCUGCCCCUCCUCUGCCAGCUUCACGCGGUGCGUCACCACCUUCUCCUCCACCCGCUUGAAGGUCUCGCUGGUUAGGAGGUUGAUGGCCGCCGGGUACGCGUGCCCGUCGUACCGGAAUACACCGACGAGGUCCACCUCGCGCAGGGCGGCGGCGCCCAGGGGCAGCGUCUGCACGGGCGUGCCCAUGCCGAUUUGCACGAGGACGCCGCCCGGUGCCGAGGCGUAG